CUCUUUCACUUUAAUACACUCUUCUUGUGUUUCAGCUAUGGAUGAUAUUCUGACAUUGGGAAGCUCUCUGUUGCUGUGGAUGUGUUACAGGUGGAGUGAAUUUCUGUUUGAUAAUGCAUUAGGACGUCACAUGUGAGGAAUGUCUCACAUCCUCCCGAUUGCCCAAGAAAGAACAUAAAAGCACUCACAGUGCUGGGCUGCUCCAACUGACUCUCAUUUCUGCUCUGUGCUGAAGAGAGAUCCAUCUCCAUUCCUAGACGAUGUCUUGCUACAGAGAGAUGAUCAGCUCCCGCUGCCUGCAGCCCUGUGAGGUGACCUGCCCACAGCCCUAUGCAGAAGCCUGCAACCAGCCCUGUGUCACCUCCUGUGGGGACUCCCGUGCUGUCGUCUACCCCCCACCUGUGGUCAUCACCUUCCCAGGCCCCAUCCUCAGCUCCUGCCCUCAGGAGAGCAUCGUGGGCAGCUCAGCACCAGCCGGCAUCGGGAGCUCGUUUGGAUACGGGAGCUCAUUUGGAUAUGGGAGCUCUCAGGGUUCCAUGGGCUCCUAUGGCUCUAGGAGCCUGAACAAAUAUGGGAGGUCCUUUUCUUCCUAUGGGUACGGUGGUUAUGGUGCUGGGAGCUGCAGACCGUGUUAAGUGCACAGUGAAUAAAGGAAAAGAAGCCAUCACCCAACACAGAGGAAGAUGCAUCUCUGCAGAUUCUGGUGGUGGUGUGGCUUCCCUGGGGCAUGAACUGUACAUCUCUCAAUACUACACUUGCAUGCGAUUGUCAGGCUAAUGAUUUAAUUUAGUUCUCUGAUUAUUUUCUCUGGUGACUCCACAAAAUAACAUCCUAGUUAUAUCAAAGAUCUUUACUUGUUGAAAGCUGGGCAAGAUUGUGUCAAUCAUCCCCUGCUAUUAAAAAGUAAUGUGUGUGGAAUGCAGAGCCCUGGAGCAAUUCUUUGCCUUCAGACUUUAUUAAGAACCUGACAAUAUAUCACCUGUAUUUUUGUUGUUCUUUGUCCAUCUUCUUAUUCUCUCAUUAAAUUUUCUGCAUCAAA